AUGGCCAGCGCGCGGAGUCCGGUGUUGCCGCAUCUGGACUUCAGGCCGCAGUCCGCGGAAGGACGGGCGCCCGGUGUGACGGAUCAGGCGGCGUACAACGAGCUCGUCGCCAACUACACCACUCUCAAGGCAAAGGUGAACACCAUGCUGGCAAAAAAUGUGGACAUCAUUCGUCACAGCCCUGUCGUUGACCUCACGCGGAAUUACGUUGGUGCCGCGGGUCUUCAGGCUAUGACGAGCCUUCUCGCGAAAAAUGACAAUCUUCAGGAGCUGCGCUUACCGGGCAGUGGACUCAACAACGACGCCGUCGUCUUUUUUUGCCGGGCGAUGGUGAAGCACCCACGCCUUACAAGUUUGGACUUCUCAUGUAACAACAUCUCUCUUGCCGCUGGCCUCGCGCUUAUUUCUUUGUUGCAGCAGAACAAAAAUGUGGUUCACAUUGAUAUGAGUGAGACGCAGGUGCCGGGCGCCGUAAUGAAGAAGAUUCAGCUUGGCCUUCAGCGAAACAAACUACUUGCCGCUCGGGCUGCGGCAGCAUCGCCCGAUGCAGCAGACGAUACAACAUCGGUGACACGCAGCACCGAGGGAGGCUUUUGUUCUACCAUUCGUGAGACGGUUCGAAAGGUGGAGUGGGAGCGUCGGGAGGAGGAGGCACUUCAUCGCCUGAG